ACGGAAGCCACACUAACCAACAAUCACCAAUUCACGAACGCACCAGCUGGCAAGCUAAAGCCUAACAACAUUCGCAACAACAGCAGCAGACUCAGCAGCAACAUGUUGCAGCGGCAACACUUGCAGCAUGCUCAAAGCUUUUAUCUACACGAAACACGUUACUACUCCACACAAAAUCUACCUGUUGCUGCAGCUGCUUCUUCUGCUUCUUCUGCUGCUGCUGUUGGUGUUGCGCGUGUUGACAGCAACAUAACUGAUUCUGACAGCGACUGCGAUUCGCUGGAUGGACGCGUGCUGCACACGCUGCAGGCACACGAGCUGCAGCAGCAUGUGCAGCCAACGUCGCUGCUGUUGCGCCAUUCCACGCCGCUAAUGUUGCAUCGACACCAGCAGCGGCGUCUGCGCUUGGCCAGCAAUGCGUCCGCCUUAUCGCUCUAUCAGUCGUUUGACACACAGCGCAGCAGCAGCAUCCAUCGCAACAACAAUACCAACGCCAUCAACAUCAGCAGCAGCAGCAGCAACAACAGUCAUGCGAGCAACAGCAACAGUAACAACAACAACCUGGUCACAGUCAUUUUUAAUGUUUUGGAUUUCCUGUUUUAAAACAGUUGUUUUUAAUGUUAUCAUUUUGUAAAAUCAUCACUUAACUAAAACAGUUUGCAAGUGGAAUGUCCUGUGUUGUAGCCACGUCCAUCUAAAACUGACAUUUUCUCAUGUGUAUCCAUGUUUUAAUUGAGAUCUCUUUCAACAUUGCAAUAAACAUUCACAUACUUGUGUUUAACAUGCAUUGCAAAUAGUUCUCUGAACUCUUUUCGAAAUGAAUUUUGUCCAAGCAUCAACAUGAAUGUUAUUAACUAUUUAAUUUUGUAACAUUUUCAUUUGUGUCCAUCAUGCAGCAUAUUUAAAAUUGUAUAUUCAUUUCUUGAACAAACCAACAUGGAAAUAUCUCCAACAAUU